GCUGUUUAACUUGAACCUAAAUUACGUUCAAUAUAAUGCAGUGGGUACGAUCGUUACUAAAUGUCUUCGGACGAACAAGACGACUUGUAGGAACCGAUCUCCAUGGAAAUGAAUAUUAUGAAACCAUUCGGCAGGGAAAAAAGCCUAAGAGGGAGAUGAUCACCAAAAUGAAUCCAAUGGAAUACACCCCUGGUUUAAUUCCCAUUGAGUGGGAGGCGUGGAUCCGAGGGAAACGAGAACGUCCCCCGACACAUGAAGAACUCAUAGCCGAACAGAGGAGAGUUAAAACGCUCCAAGAAAGAGCAAAGCAAGUGGAAGAGAAGGAUAAAGAACUGCAAGCUUUGGAGCAGGAAACAUCACAGGCAGCAGCUCAAAUUGGCCAUGCCUCAGCUCCCUUGUACGAGAGUCUGGAUAAUAGAACACAACCUAUAAGCACUGGGACGACUUUUCAACCCGGGGAGUGGAUUCCUGAGUCUGAUCCAAGUGAAUCUUCUAGUGGAAAGGAGGGUGGAGAAACGUUUGAGCCGCAGUCUUGGGUACCUCCUGGUGAUAAAUCUCCUGUGAAGUGAGUGGUGAUACAGAAACAGCAAUAAGUCAUUCGUUAGCUUCCCCUAGUGAGUGGUAACCUCUGAGGAUCCUCUGACAUUUUUCUCUAAUGUUAAACCAACCUUCAUAAAUCCACUUGGGUAUGGAGUUGAGGAACUCCUAUCAUGGCUAAAAAUCAGGACUCUAGUAUUUGUUUUACCUAGGACUUUCUGUCAUCAAGGUCUCUUUCCUUUGCAAUGUAACUUGUGCUAUUGAAAUCAUACUUUUACUUUAUACUUUCUAUGUCUGUUCUUGUGCAGCUUAACAUCUUGUAAACAAGAAACAAACAAACUAUCCAAUUAUUUGCGGUACAAGAA